AUGGACAGCCGCUUGGUCUGCGCCAUCCCAGCUGGAUACGAAAGCGACAGCAGCUGUGACGAGUGGGACAUUGGGAUUUCGGAUAAAUAUGCUUCUUGCAUCAAGGAUCUGAAUGCUGUUUCACCGCAUGCAGAAGAUGAUGUGUCGAUGUUGAAAACAGCCAUCUGUCAAGGAGACAUUCGGACUGUUGAACGGCUGUUGGACAAUGGCAUGGACGUGGAGACCAGGCUUGGCCUUGGCUGGACUCCUCUGAUGUAUGUGUUCUGUGUGGCUAAUUACGACAUGGCCAAACUGCUGUUGGACAGAGGGGCCAGUGCCAACUUCGUCACAGAUGAUGUGACGGUGCUCAUGGCCAGUGUCUUAGCUUCUGCAAGCGAAGACAAAAUUGCUUCCUGUGUGGGGCUUCUGCUAUCCAGAGGAGCUGAUCCCAACAUCGCGGACAGGUGUCAGAUCACCUGCCUGAUGCGGGCAGCCCAAGUAGGCUACUGUAAAGUCAUCAACCUGCUGGUCUCCCAUGGAGCAGAACUCAAUGUCCAGAAUAUGAACGGAUACUCGGCUUUGUCCAUAGCAGUGCAGUAUGGCAGAAAGGAGGCAGUGCUAAAGCUCCUCCAGCUGGGAGCAGACAAAACCAUAAGGACCAACUCUGGCAAGAGCCCUGCUGAACUGGCAGUGACUUUAAAACACACAGAGAUAUGCAAGAUCCUGGCCUUUUCACCCCACGUCAGCACCACCCGGGCCGUCGGCUCCAUGGAGGAGACCCUCUCAGAGUUCUUCAAGACUAAUUCUAAAUCGCCACCUUCCAUGGAAAGUGUAACCAAGCUUGAUGAACUUGGGCUCCUCCUACACGGCCUUGAUCUUGGCUACCUCACUGACAUCAUGACUGAAAAUGACAUCACCUGGAGCUACCUGUUGACCAUGGAGAAGGAGGACCUUGAGAAGAUUGGUAUCACAGACGCGGCGGACCAGCAGAAGUUGCUGAUUGCUUUGCAGCAGAUACACAUGGACAAAGUGGACUUAGACACAAUCUGCCAACUGGGAGUCACAGAUACCGGGACCGAGGAGCUUCUUAACUUCCUGAUAAGUGUGAGGCAACAGUGCUGCCACCUGACAGAGUCCAUUCAGGACGUCAUCAGCCGUUUCCCCUGCAGAGCCUCUCAGCUGGUCUUCUCACCGUACUCCAAUAAGGAGGUCCAGGCCGUCUGCAAUCAGCUGGUGAUCCAGACAAAAGACCUGCAGAUGGAAGUCACCUGCCUCCGUGGUCUACUAUGCCAGAUUAACAAGGCUGAAGAUUGCUGUCAGCCUCCUCGGCCUGGUUCCCGCAGCAACUGGAGGAUGCGAUCUCGCAUACUGGGCGUGCUGGGAGCCACUUUCGUCUUGCUCCUCUGCAAAGCUGCCCGCGGCAAGGUUUACCUGUAG